UAUUGAUGCACUUCCGAUGCAUUUGCUUCGAGAAAAAUGUAUCCGAAACACUAUUUCGCGUUCGCCAUAUUCAUGUUUAAAAUUGGUGGUUAUUACGAUCCGAAUUAUGCGAAGACCAAUUUCCUACGUAGAUUCCAUCGAGCGUACAAUUUGUUCGUGUACGCCUCUUGUCCCAUUUAUUACAGCACCGUCGAACUGCUGAUGCUUUAUUACACGAGCAGAUCAAGUUUGUACGUGUUCGUGGAUCAUGUGGGCAUGAUCUUUGUGCACGUCGUUGGGACGAUUAAAUUAGUAUUUUUACUUACAAAUAUGAAGCUGAUCAAGAAGGUGAUGAGGAUAAUCAAAGACAUAAAAUACGAGAGUUACGGCGAAUUUCAACCGGGAAACAUAUUUCUCGCCCAUUGCACGUUCACCAGCAGGAUCUGUUACAUUUACAUUUUCGUAGGCUCAUUGAUACCUUUAAUCAAUCAGUUCAAAGCUAGCAUUAAAUUCAUUGAUCAGAGACAUCAAUUGGAAGUUGGAAACGUUACGUGCAAAGAGAUCAUGCCUUACUACUCGGUAUUCCCAUUCGGAUCUGCUACAUUGAAUUGGUGCAUAGUGGAGUUUAUCGUCCAAAGCAUUCCCAUGAAUACGUACGUUUACCUAAUUGGUGCAUUUGAUGUAAAUUUCGUGUUUAUGUUGGCAUAUCUACGAGCGCAUUUCCACUGCAUCCGAGGGACUUUCGAGACUAUAAGGGAACGAUGUUUGGUGCGUUUGGGUUUACCCGAAGAUUAUGAAACCAUCGUGGAUUCAGAAAAUCCAAAGUUGGAAGCGGAAAUUCAAAUGGAGGUGCUGAAAGUUACCAAACAUAUGCAAACUAUAAUAAGAAUUUGCGAGGCCCUAAAAGACUUAUACCUCAUUCCCCUGCUCUAUGAGGCUAUUUCGGUUAUAGGCAUUUUGAUUAGUUGCCUUUACGUCAUGUCUUUAGAACCUCUUCUGAGUCUCGAGGCUUACGGUCGUUUCCAAUACGCGCUGGCUCUUUUUUGGCAAUUAAGCUUAUACUGCUUUUACGCAUGUGAAAUUACAAACUCUGCUUUGCUGGUCACCGAAGGUAUAUACUUUAUGAAAUGGUAUUCUUGUACGAAAUCAAUCAAAUCAAUUCUGGUGUUUAAUACUAUGAGAAUGCAAAGGACCAUUGAAUUCACCGUUGGUAAAUUCGCGCCACUCAAUUUAACUACAUACUUGCAGAUACUCAAAGGUACUUAUACAUACUACACGUUUUUAUCAAAGAAGGGACAAAUGUAAAAUACAAUUUAUAUAGUUAUUA